AAUGGUGGGAAUUUCCCGCUCUUGAUAUUUUUUUCUACGGUGAUCCAGUAAUGUCAUUUUUAUAUAUUUUCACGAAAAAGUCACAUGUGACCAAAAAGUAAAAGUUGACACAGACAAUUAUAUGCUGUUAAUAAACAGUUAUUUUGUCCAAAAAUAAAAAUAUUUGUGUAUAUAUAUAUUUUCAAAAAUAUUUAAAUUAUGUUUUGAAAUGUUUUACAUGUAAAUAAAAACAAUAAAAAUUACUUUUAGGCCUCUCUCAAGAGAAAAAAAUAUAGAAGUUACUCACCCACACAGCUUACAAACGCCUACAUAGAUGUGGUGGAAAAUAAGUUUUCAGUAUAUAAGGCUUCAAGGAAAUAUUCUAUUCCUGAGCAAACACUAAGAGACAGAGUAAAUGGUAAUGUAAAGAUAGAGACAACUAAAUCUGGACCAGACCCAUUGUUUAGUGAAGAAGAGGAGGCUAGACUAGUGAAACAUAUUCAACAAAUUUCAGCUGUCGGGUAUGGUUACACUCGCGUUGAGGUCAUGAAUCUGGGCACAGAGUAUGCUAUUGCCUUAGGAAAGCGAGACCGGGAGCACCCACUUUCCCUCCAGUGGCUGAAUUCCUUCAUUGACAGGUGGCCUGAUUUAAAAGUAAGGCGUCCUAAAACAAUAUCAGAGCUACGAGCAAAAGCUACAUCACGGGAGAGCAUUGAAAAAUACUUCAAAGAACUUGAGAGCAUCCUUGACAAGUAUGAUUUACGAGACAAACCAGAAUAUAUCUACAAUGUUGAUGAAAAGGGAAUUCAACACAAUCACUCUCCUCCUUAUAUUGUCGCUUCAUCAGAUAUUGUACCCUCUGUUAUCACAGCCGAGAAGUCGUCUACUGUUACAAUUCUGGGAUGUGGAAAUGCUCUUGGAUACCAGAUUCCACCAUUUUUUGUCUUCCCAGGUGCAAGAAUGAGAAGGGAGUUGAUGGAGGGUUGUUCAGUUGGAGCGGAUGGUACUGUCAGCAAGACAGGGUGGUCCAAUUCUGAAAUCUUUACCACAUACCUACAGAACCACUUUGUGCGAUUUGCGAAAGGAAGAGUUACUGACCAGAAGAUACUGCUUCUGUAUGAUGGUCAUCGAUCCCAUUUUUCGCCAGCUUUGAUUGAUUGGGCCAUAGACCAGGAUAUAAUUCUUUACGUACUACCACCACACACCAGCCAUAUACUUCAAACCCAUGCUGGCAGUGUAAAUAAAUAUAAUAUUUGUAACCUGGCUUGUAAAGCUUACACUGUUGCUCUGUCGCCUAACAAUCUCAGAGGGGCUUUUCGAAGGACAGGAAUAUUCCCAUUUGACCCUUCAGUCGUUUCACUAAGCAAUGCAUUUUUGGCAUCGGACACUCGUAAAGAACUUGAAGUGAAUGAUGAUGAUCAGACUCCAAAUAGCAGCGGCAGUGGAGAACAGGUACCGGUAGUUUGUGACACACAGAAGAAACCAGUUUAUUUCACGAAGAGUAACAAACAGCGACGCUCAAUUAACAAAAUUGUGGGUGGAAAAGCAAUUACUGAGAACAGCGUCGCUAACCAGGUUAAAGACUAUGUAGCUACAGUGACCAAGCCUAAGACAACAAAGAAGCUCAAGUUUUCACCUCCAUUCAGACAUUCAGAAGAUCAAGACAGGAGUGACAAAAGCCUUCCUUCAGAAUCAUCUGAUCCACCAGCAGCUUUAUCUGCAGAUCAGCCAGGCCCAUCUGGAAUACAUGUACAGCAAACGAUGCAGUCAUCGUGA